AUGCCGGCGCCGGAAACUCCUGUAGUUCCGGUGACGGAUCCGCCGUUGAGUAAGGAUGGUCCAGUGAAACAAGGAAAGGCUUCAUGGGUGAAGGGUCGUUUCCUCGCAAAGGCACCACAUGUGGCGCGGAUCCAUUACAUAGUGAAUAGGAUCUGGCCUCUUGGAGAUAAAUCGAUUAAGAUUGAUGUCUAUGAAGUUAAUGAGGUCACUGUGAAAUUCAGAAUCAAAGAUGAAGCAACAAGGAAACGAGUACUUCGUAGGGGGAUGUGGAAUAUUGUGAAUAUUCCUUUGGUUCUCUCAAAAUGGUCACCGAAAGAUGAAGAAGAAGAGGAGGAAGAAAUCACAACCAUACCGAUGUGGAUCGUCAUGAAGAAUGUUCCUCGCAGAAUGUUCUCUUGGAAAGGACUGGGUUUCAUUGCCAGUGCAGUGGGUAAACCUAAGAGAUUGUAUCUGGAUACACUUCUGUGUAAUAGCUUUGAAGAAGCGAAAGUUUUUGUUGAAGCAGAUAUGACAAAAGAGCUACCAACUCAUCAUCGUUUCAAGUCAAAGCUUUGCGUAGAUGCGGAGGUGGAGUUUACCUACCCAUGGUUACCGGACAGAUGCACAAUAUGCUCUAAACGGGGACAUUUGCAUGCAGCUUGUAAGUCAAAAGUGAAAAUCCUAACCAAAGACAAGCCACAACACGUGGAGAAGAAUGGGCGGGAAAUUACACAAGAAAGAGUUCUACACAAUAAAGAGGCUGAUACAGUACAAAGAAAUGGUAAGGAAGUUGAGGUUGCGGUAAGUACUGAGAGUAUGAAGGAUUCUGAAGCUGCCAUAGGAUGCGCAGAUGGAGAAAAGAAAUCAGAUGAUCUUCCCACUACGGGAAACAUGUCGUCAGACAUAGAGAUUGUUCACCCCGAAGUUGAGAAGUCUAAUGGCAACAUAUCUGAGGGGGAGAACUCAGAAUGGCUAAAUGUAUCACCUACUAAGACGGGAAGGUCGGGGAACAAGAUUACUGCUCAGAAUCAUAAUCUCAGCUCAACAUCUCGAUUUACUAUUUUAUCUACGGCGGAGGAUUCUGUAGAAGAGGUAGAUGAAAAUGAAGCCAAUACUACUGGAAAGGAAACAGAGGAAGGGGAUAUAAUUCCUGAGAGUGUGGGGAAUAAAACUGAUGAAGGAAAAGUAGAAAGUGAAGUCAACUCUCAGGAAGUAAGAGAAAACAACACAAUGAAGGAAAAAGUUGAUGUGAGAGAAGAACGACUACUUCGCUCCACUAUUCCUAGACCAACUCGUGGCUCCACUAAAGCUCAAUCAGACACUCAAAGCACUAGUACUAAGGACACAAUCCUAAAUAAUUCUCUGGGUCGCAUUUGGUUUGUAUGGCGGUCUGACGUGCAGGUUACGCCUGUGUUUAAAAGUGAUCAAUUGAUCACGGUGUCUAUUGUUCUUGAGGGGGACGAAAAAGAGUUUUUCCUCUCUGUUGUCUAUGCUCUUAAUACAGAAACAGAGAGGCAUUUAUUGUGGGAGGAUUUGAAGAAUCAUCAAAAUUCUCCAAUAUUUCUAAGAAAACCAUGGCUGGUGAUGGGGGAUUUUAACGAAACUCUUGACAUAGCCGAGCAUUCACUGUAUGAAACGAGCCCAGUAGCCACACAUGGGAUGAGAGAGUUCCAGAGUGUCACACAAAAUUGUUCUCUGCUUGAUCUCCCUUCUCACGGUCCAGUUUAUAUGUGGAGUAAUAAAAGGAGUGAGGGGAUAAUCUCAAAGAAGCUGGACCGUGUUUUGUUUAAUGAUUACUGGCUCAACUCUUUUCCUGGCUCGUUUAAUGUGUUUGAAGAAGGAGGGUGUUCAGACCAUUUACGGGGCAGGAUACAUUUGAGUUCAGAGCAGAAUCAACCUAAGAGACCUUUCAAAUUUGUUAAUGCAGUGGCAAGUCUUGAAGGUUUUCUACCGAUGAUGGCGCAGUACUGGACAGCUUCGGUUCCCAUAUACUCAUAG